AUGGCAACGGCCAGCCCCUCCCCGCACAAGUCCCGGCGCAAGCCCAGGAAGUCCAGCGACGCCGCCGACAAGCCCUCGCGGAUUCGCUCCGAGACGCUCGUCAAGGCCCCUUCUUUCCCCCUGGCCGCUUUUCUCUGGCCCGCGCGAACCUCGGCGUCUCAAUGGGAGGUGCUGCCGCUCGUCCUCAUGGUUGUCGGGCUGUUUAGGUGGGCGGCAGGCCUCUGGGGCUACUCCGGUUUCCAACGCCCGCCCAUGUACGGCGACUAUGAAGCCCAGCGCCACUGGAUGGAGGUGACGACAAACCUGCCCGUGUCGCAGUGGUAUUUCCAUGACCUGCAGUGGUGGGGCCUCGACUAUCCGCCUCUGACGGCCUACCACAGCUGGGCCAUGGGCAAGGUUGGCGCUCUCUUCGACCCGGCCUGGUUCGCCCUUUUCGCCUCUCGCGGCUCCGAUGAUCCGACAUUGAAGGUGUUUAUGAGAGCCACGGUCAUCGUCUCCGAGUAUCUCAUCUACAUGCCCGCCGCUGUUGUGUUUGUGCGACGCUUUGGCCGACUCAAUGGCGUUGCCACCUGGACCAGCUCCGUCGCCCUCGUCGCGUUCUUGAUGCAGCCCGCAACGAUACUCAUCGACCACGUCCACUUCCAGUACAACACCGUCAUGCUCGGCCUGGUUGUCGCCAGCAUGAACAGCAUGUUGGCCGACCGAUACAAAACAGCCGCCGUCUUGUUCGUCGCCGCCCUGGGCUUCAAGCAGAUGGCCCUAUAUUACGCCUUUAGUGUCUUUUCCUAUCUCCUUGGAAAGUGUGUCUUUCCGAGACUCAGCCUCGCACGGCUUUUCGGAGUCGCUCUCGUCACCAUCCUUUCCUUUGCCGUCUUGGUCCUCCCUCUUGUUCUCGGGACCUUGUACAAUAGGUACCGCGUUGUCGAGCAAAUCAUUCAGAUGGUGCACCGAAUAUUUCCCUUCUCGAGGGGCUUGUUCGAGGACAAGGUUGCCAACUUUUGGUGUGCGGCCAACGUUGUCGUCAAGCUUCGCAACUGGUCUCCGGUCAUGCUGCAGAGGGCGUCGCUCGGCGCCACGCUGCUCGCAAUCAUACCGCCGAAUUUCAUCCUCUUUUUGCGCCCGCGCAAGACAUCCAUGCCCCUAGCGUUUGCCGCGACCGCUUGGGGGUUCUUCCUCUUCAGCUACCAGGUUCACGAGAAGAGCGUACUGCUACCCCUGAUGCCGAUGACGCUGUUGCUGGCGGGCAGACAUGGGCUGAGCGGAGAAAUCCGAGCCUGGGUGGGCUUCGCCAACCUGCUGGGGGCCUGGACAAUGUUCCCCUUGCUCCGCCGCGUGGACCUGGGGAUUCCGUACGCGGUAUUGACACUCCUCUGGGCAUAUCUUUUAGGAUUCCCUCCUACGUCAUGGGACGCCCCAUUUCAAGCGCAAGUCGGCCAAUCUCUGCGUGUCCAGUGGGCGACGGCAAUAUUUCACGGAAUCUUUUACACGGCCAUGGGACUAUGGCAUGUCGUCGAAGCCACCGUUCUCCCACCACUCGACAAGCCGGAUCUCUGGGUGGUUGCCAACGUGGGCAUCGGGGCGGCAGGUUUUAUGGUCUGCUAUUUGUGGUGCCUGUGGAAGCUGGUCCAAGAAAGUGACAUUUUGCCGCCAGGGCGAACGAAAAAGGCCAAGACGCAAUAA